AUGUUUAAUGAUAUUGUUUUUACAAAAGAUAUUUCAUGUUUUGCUGUUACUGGUAAAGAUGCAUGGAUGAGACCCAACCCACAACCAAUUCAAAUUUCUGUUUAUUUAAAAACAAAUUUUCAUAAAGCUUCAUUACUGGAUAAUUUAAAAUAUUCAAUAAAUUAUGCUAUUUUAACUAGAAAUAUAACAGAUUUUAUGAAAUUAAAUGAACAUAAAAAUUUUAAAAAUUUAACAAAUAUAGCUGAAUCAAUUAGUCAAAUUUGUUUAGAUAAAUUUAAUGGUGGUGGUGGAGGUGAUAUUGUGAAGGUAUUAAUUAAAUCUCCAAAAAGUGAAAUUAGAGCUGAAAAUGUCGAAUGUAUAAUUAAUAGAAAUAAUUUAGGUAAUAUUAAUCCUUUGAAUGUUUUUAAAGUAAAUAAAUUAAGGUUAUUGACAAUUAUUGGUGUUUUCACUUUUGAAAGAUUAAAAAAACAAAUAGUGGACAUAGAUUUGACUUUUACAAUCAAAGAUGAAACUAAUCUCAUGAUACAUUCAACUAUAGAAGAUAUCAUUACAUUUGUUGAAAAUUCAAAUUUUAAAACUGUGGAGGCUUUAGUAUUCAAAAUUGGUCAAUUGAUUUAUCAAGAUAAUAGAAAUCGAGGUAUUCAAGAUGUUAAUGUUGAAGUUACUAAAAUUAAUGCAUUUAAUCAUGUUGAAGGUGUGGGUGUUUCAUCAUUAAUGACCAUUGAUUCUUUUAAAGACUCCAAACCAAUCACUUUCAGAAAAGAAACCAAGUUAUUCAAUAUGCCAGUUGAAGAUAUUGUAAACGAUUAUAGAGGAUAUCAUACAGCAUACAUUGCAUUUGGUUCAAAUGAUGGGAAUCAAAUUGAGAACAUAACUACAGCAUUAAAAUUACUAGAGCAAAACAACAUAUCAAUUGAGUCAACAUCAUCAUUAUACAUAUCUAAACCAAUGUAUUAUUUGAACCAACCAGAUUUUUUUAAUGGUGUAAUAAAAGUCAAUUUCAAAGACCUUUCACCUCAUGAAUUGUUGAAAAUUUGUAAAUAUAUUGAGUAUGAUCAAUUAAAUAGAAUCAAGAAAUUUGAUAAUGGCCCAAGGUCAAUUGAUUUAGAUAUAAUUUUGUACGAUAAUUUACAAAUCAAUCAUGAUGAUUUAAUCAUACCUCAUAAAUUAAUGUUGGAAAGAGAAUUCGUUUUACAACCAUUAUGUGAAUUACUUCCACCAGAUCAAUUACAUCCAAUUAGUUCUGAAUCAUUUCAUGAUCAUUUAAAACAACUAUUAAAUAAUAAAUUAAUUGAUGAUCAAAAUAGUAAUUUACUACAAUAUGUUCCAAUUCCAAAAUUAUCACUAAGUAAAAAUAUAUUGAAAUUUGAUCAAACAAAUUUUAAAUCACCUACUUUAAUAAUGGGAAUUUUAAAUAUGACACCUGAUUCAUUUAGUGAUGGAGGAAAAUUUUUCAAUAAUAAAUUAGAUGAUAUAGUUAAACAAACAGAAGUUAUGGUUGAUCAAGGAUGUCAAAUUCUUGAUAUAGGAGGUGUUUCAACCCGUCCUGGUAGUGUUGAACCAAGUGAAGAAGAUGAAUUAAAUCGAAUAGUACCAUUAGUAGAGAGAUUACGAUCAACAUCUAAAUUUAAUGAGACUUUAAUAUCAAUUGACACUUAUAGAUCUAAAGUAGCUGAAGAAAGUUUAAAAGCUGGUGCAGAUAUUAUAAAUGAUAUUUCUAUGGGACUUUAUGACAAUAAAAUAUUUGAUAUUGUUGCUAAAUAUAACUGUCCAUAUAUAAUGAAUCAUACAAGAGGUUCAGCUAAAACAAUGUCAAAUCUUACUCAAUAUGAUUCAAAUACAAAUGAUGAUAUUAUUGAAUUCAAUAUUGAUCCUAAAAAAGGACAACAAGAGAAUUUAUUACCACAAGAUGAAAAAAAUUUAUUAAAUGGUGUGAGUAGAGAGCUAUCAUUGCAAAUAUUCAAAGCUAUGAAAGCUGGGGUUAGAAAAUGGCAAAUUAUACUAGAUCCAGGAAUAGGUUUUGCUAAAAAUUCAACUCAAAACUUUCAAAUUAUUAAAAAUGCAAGCUUUUUCAAGAAAUACUCAAUUCAGUAUAAUGUUGAUGAUAAACAUAAAUAUCUUAGUUUUAAUGGAAUGUGUUUACUAAUUGGAACUUCAAGAAAGAAAUUUUUAGGUGCAUUAACUCAUAAAGAUAUUCCAAGUGAUAGAUUAAUGGAAACUGCAGCUACUGUUACUUCAUGUAUUCAACAAAAUACAGAUAUUGUUAGAAUUCAUGAUAUUAAAGAAAUUAAAGAUACAGUAACAAUUAGUGAUGCUAUUUAUAAAUCCGUAUAUUAG